AUGUCUUCCGAGACCCCUUGCCCAUUCCGCGUCUCACUUCGUGACCAAAUCGAGUUGGAGCGUAAUGAAGCCUUUCGUGCUAUGCGGGAGCAACUCCGCCGUCAGGAUUGCGGCAUGGAAAGUCCGACUUUCUGCUCUACCCACCGCCAUGAAUGCGACUCGACCGACCAGGAAGCCUUCCGCCUCCACCGCGAUAUUAUUCACACCCUCCUCGUGCCUCUCUUCCUGAUCAAUCACCAAGCGGAACGAAUCGCCGCCCGGGCUUUACCCAGCAGUAAAGGGGCUGAGCCCGAACGUGCCUUCCGCGGGGAAGCGCGCAGCGCCUUCGCAUGGCUCCACUGCAUUCUCAUCGAGGAGCACGACUGGUACCUAACGGCGCGAUGCCCUACCUGCAUCGUCCUGCAUGUCCUCCAUUCCGAACCUACAAUUCGAUUCCUCACCGUGGCCGUUCAGCUUGCUGGAUCCCGCUCCGGCUUUAAUUGCUGGCUCACCGCACUCGAGACCGCUGUUCGCGAAGAUCCCUUCUGGGGCGAUGCCUUCUGGCCCGAUAUCGAAGACCGCGCUUCCCGUUUGACCGACGGUGUUCAGCAGCUUGUUCGUCAAUGUCACGAGUUGCGAGCCAACCUUGACAGCCCUACCUUCGAGACGCCCUCGCUGGCGAAGACGUCUCCCGUGUAUGAGCGGCCCGCCUGCACCAUUGCCAUCAAGGCCUCAAGCUUUGCCCGGAAACAGGUUAAGCUGAGCCGCGAGGAGCAGCGUUACCGGUCCUCACUUGUUUGGAACUCAUGGAAUUGUUCCCGGGAGAUGCGCCAGCCACUUGGUGGGACAUCAACCCAAUCCCGGCAACGGUCGAUGACAUCGUGA